AACAUUGGAAAAACAACAAGCAACAUCGUGAACAGAUAAGAGAUCAUACCUCAAUCGUCAUAAUAUGUUGCCUAAGCUUUUUUCUAUUUGAAAAAAAAAAAAAAAAAAAAAUAUUGUUCGAACUUUUUGUAAAUAGUUUCAUUUGAAGCGACGUCAAAUUUUCUCUGUGUGUUUUUGUGUUUUUCGUCGUUCACUUCGUUGGAAAAAAUUCAAGUUUCAGUUUCUAUUUUUUAAAUAUUUUGACAUAACAUAUUUUCCAAUUGGAAUCAUCGUUCAUUGCGGAUAUAUUUUUUAUAUAAAUUUGUUUGUCUUCUUUUUUGUCAACACUAACUUGUUGCAAGAUAAGGUUGGAUUAUAUUUUUACCCUCACUCAACUCUUUUUUUUUUCUUCAACUUUUCUAUUCAUAAAAUUUUCAAUGAUGAAUAGUUUAAAUGGUUGUGUAUGUGCAGUUAUUAUUAUUAUGACUUUUUUUCUGCCUUCUCCUCUUUAAUUAUUGGUGUAAAUAUGCGUGAGUGUAGUUGCAAAUGUAUGCGAAUGACUUGACUAGCGGCAUGCGAUAAAUAUAUAUAUAUUCAUGAACAAACAACAACAACGCCAAAGAAGUAGGAACAAAAAAAAUACACACACCGAUUAUAAUGAAUUGAUAUAAGCCGCGCAGCGUUACGGAUAUUAAAUGAAACGAACAUAAAACGAAACAAUUGGUGUGUGUGUGUGUGUGUGUUUGAGUGUGUGAACGGAUUUUCAAAAAAAAGCAUAAGCUUGGAAUAAGGAUCGAAUGUAUUGGCCACCGCAGUGGAAUUAGCAGAAGGAGAAAAAAACACAACACAAACAAGUGAUUCAAUUAAAUCCGUUGCAAUUGCUGCAUGGAGACAAAAAAAUAUUAUCAUUUUCAAUAACUAAAUACGUUUUAACAGAUUACAAUCGGUUUCGAUAUACCCAACUAAAUGUGAGCAAUUAUUUUGUAAUUUCUACGAAAAUUGCAAACCAGUCGGUGCAACAAGCAUUCUCAUCAAAGCAAAAAUAGAAUUGUGUGUUGUUGUUGUCGUUGGUUUGUUUCUCUCUCCUUUAAUUCUUGUGUGUUUUGAAUUUAUGAUUGAUGUGUGUAUGUUUUUUUUUUUCAAAACUUGAAUCAGUAUGCAUUUCAGUUUGGGUCAAUUAAACUCAUUUUCUUAUGAUAAUCUCAAUACUUCAUUCGACCAAGUUUAAUUUUAUUUCUUUCAUGUUUUUUUUUCUUGCUAAAAUGCACAACAAUUUCGAAAUCAACUGAAUUUGAUAGGGUGAUGUAUUAGUCAUAGAUUUUUUUUUUGCACUGGGGAAUUUCCGAAUGAUUAUCAAACCGAGCAUAACACAUAUAAGAAAAGUGCAAAACGAUUGAGACAAACAAAUCUGGCAAUAAGAGAGUAGAAUUAGAAAUAUGCUCGAUUUGAGAAUUAGACGCCAAAAAUAUAAGUUGUGUAUAAAUUUGAAUGACUAUUUCGGCAACGUGCCGCCCAACGCAAUCACGUCAAUGAUCAAACAUGAUUUUUGUCAGUCAUUUGUGAUAAAAACGUAACUUUUUCAUGGCUCUCAUUGAAGGCAAUAUCAUUCAAGCAAACUCAUAGAUAGUCCAUAUGUUACGAAUGUCAUAACGUCUCUUUUCGUGUUUUUUUUUUACCUCGUCUCAUUCUUGGUAAUGAUACGUCAUCGACCUAUGUAUGUAUACAUAUGCGCAACAGUGAUUAUAUACAUAUGUGCGUGUGUGUGUGUGUGUGUGUGUGUGAUUGUAUUUAUUUGAAUAACUUACGAAGAAUGGUUAUGAAAAAUGUCUUGUCAAUCGAAUUGAGUAACUAAACCCAACCGUUUCAUUCGCAUGGUGUUUGGUUGAAACGUGUCGCGCGCGCCGCAAGAUUGUUGUGCAGCAUUUUCAAAUACAAAAUCAACAGCGAUAAAAUCGUGUGAGAGUGUUCAACGAGACAGUAAUAAAAUAAUUCGGCGCAGCCAAUCGCAAUUUUACUUCCUGCUUUUUUGACAUACAGGAACACAUCGUCGUCGUCAUCAUCUUCACAUCUGGAAUUCAUACACCACACAAACACUCACAUACACGGAAAGCGCAAUGCAAUCAACUACAGCGAGAGAUUCAACGCGACAACCAAAAUCGUCUCCAAUCACAGAAGCAUAUGAAAUUUCGAAUACCGUCCUCGGUCUUGGUAUCAACGGUAAGGUAGUUCAAUGUACCAACCGAACAACGGGCCAAAAGUACGCGCUCAAAGUACUGCACGAUAAUCCAAAGGCAAGACGUGAAGUUGAUUUGCAUUGGGCAGCGAGCGGAUGUCGCCAUAUUGUCAAUAUCGUUGAUGUAUUCGAAAAUUCCUACAGUGGCAAAGCAUGUUUACUAGUUGUUAUGGAAUGUAUGGAAGGUGGCGAAUUAUUCCAGCGAAUUCAAGAUCGCCAAGACGAAGGACCCUUCACUGAACGAGAGGCAGCUCAAAUUAUGCAUGAAAUUUGCGUGGCUGUGAAAUACUUGCACGAUUUAAACAUUGCACAUCGCGAUUUAAAACCGGAGAAUCUGCUUUAUACAUCACCAGCAGUGAAUGCUGUUUUAAAAUUGACUGAUUUUGGCUUUGCCAAAGAGACAUUCACAAAAGAUACAUUGCAAACACCAUGCUAUACACCGUAUUACGUUGCGCCCGAAGUGCUUGGUCCCGAAAAAUAUGACAAAAGCUGUGAUAUUUGGUCACUUGGUGUUAUUAUGUACAUUCUAUUAUGCGGUUUUCCACCAUUUUAUAGUAAUCAUGGAUUGGCCAUUUCACCCGGCAUGAAAAAACGUAUUCGUUUGGGCCAAUUUGACUUCCCGAAUCCAGAGUGGCAAAAUGUGAGCGAUCAAGCGAAAAAGCUGAUACAAGGAAUGCUUAAUGUUGAUCCAACCAAACGGCUGAGCAUCGAUCAAGUCAUGAAAAAUCAAUGGAUCGCUCAAUACACGGCCGUGCCACAAACACCAUUGCACACUGGACGCGUUUUGCGAGAGGGCGAAGACAUUUGGCCUGAAGUUCAAGAGGAAAUGACCCGCUCGUUGGCCACCAUGCGAGUCGACUAUGAUCAGAUGCACAUCAAGGCAUUGGACAAUUCAAACAAUCCAUUACUCAACAAGCGUCGCAAACGUGCCGAAGAGCAGACAAAAUGAACAAUACAAUAGAAAAAACUACAUAGAUUUUAAGCCCUCCAUUCUCUUCUAGCUUGACACUAAAAGUACUUAAGACUAAACGAAAAAAAAAAUUGUCAUGAUUCUUUAACGUAGACGAUGAGUUCAAUCCAAAAUUUAUAACAACAACAAAACUACAUCUUAUGAAAUGCUUAAAAAAUGUGUCAAACAAAUAAACUGAUAGGACAGAAGCAGUUUUUUUAAAAUUGGAAAAAGUACAGUGUACGUGUAAAUUUGUAUUACGAUGUUAUAAUUGUUAGCUUAAAUGCAUUUUAUUUGGGUCGAGAUUAGGAAGCGACUUUACAUUGUGAUUCAAUAUAUUUUUUUUUGGUUUGGAGAAAGACAAAAAAAAACGAGCAAAAUUUUCCGACGACACAAACUCGUUCGAAAAUGUUCAAUAUACAUAUACAUAAGUUUCGCAAAGGAAAGAAAAGUAGGAAAAAAAAUGUCACAAAAUUUCGAACACAAACGCUAUAAUGCAUUCGUUAAUUCUCACAACAAUAUUCCGAAUUUCGUUUUAGCAACGACACGAAAUGGAAUUUUGGAAAUUACAAGUGUUUUUUUCUAGUAAAACCAUCAAGAGAAAUAAUAAAUGAAAGACAAAGAUAUAUAGUAAAUAGGAUUGACUUACAAAACAACAAACUUAUAACUAUUCCAUAUGUUCUUGUUCUUCUUUUUUUUGUAAUCGAUUUGAAAAAAAAAAUUAUGUGUAAGGUAUUUAAUCACGAAAGAAAUUUUGGUUGUCUCUUUUUGUGCGGAGAUAUAUGGAUACAGUUUCUUGAAAACAUUAUGAAACCACUUCAUACCAAUGUAAUCGUUAAGAAAGUGUAUAUUUAAUUCAAUUGUCAACAAAAAUUUGUUAUUUGCGCGUUUGAAUGAGAUGUGAAUAUAAUUGAAAAAAAAUAAAAUAAAAAAUGACGAACAAAUUGCAAUUAAUGCAAUAACAUUAUA